UAAAAACACAAUUAAAUCGUAUACUAACAAUGAAAAUGUAGUAUCCCAGUCGAUCGCAGUGCCUCUGCUGUCAAACCGAGGAAGCUGCUUAAAAGUGGGGACAGAAAUUUCAAAUUUGCCCAUUGCCGAUAAAUCUCCUUUUUUAAGCCCUCCAUAGUUCAUAGCUACUUUAUUCUUAUUUUAUGGUUUCAUGGUUUUGUAAAUUAGUCUAUGGUUUUGUGAUUCAUUUUUUGUGGUUAGUUUUCUAUUUGUGUCGUUGAAUCAGUCAUUGAUUUGUGUUUUGUGAGUUUUCUUUUGUUAUGGUUUGAAUACCAAGGAGAAUACUGUUAUUUAAAGCUUUUAAGGGGCAUUAAAGUUAUUAAUUUUGAAGAAAUGGUUGAAACAAAUAUAGAGUGGCCCUGGCAAUAUAAUUUUCCACCAUUUUUUACCUUGCAACUGAACCCAGAAACCAGGGCUAAACAAUUUCAAGCAUGGAAAAAUCUUAUUUUAGAUUACUGCAAGAAAGGCAAGUUGUAUAUUAUUGAUGUUCGAGAAUCUAGCCAUAUCGCCUUGUUCAAUAAUAGCAACAUAAAUCGGAAAUUAGAUCAAUCUGUUAUUAUUUCUAUUUUAUCUGAAUUGCAAAGAACUGGCCAUGCCGCACCAGUUGAUAAGAGCAAACAACGUUGGGAAAUUUAUUGGCAUACUUUGGAUGAAUGGGCUAACAUGAUAUAUGAUUGUAUUUCAUCUCGAGGCCUUCAGAACAGUGUCUUAACUUUAUAUGAGUUAUCGCAAGGUGAAGAUGUACAGAAUGAGGAAUUUUAUGGGAUUCAACAUGAAGUUCUAGUUAAAGCAUUACAAAUAUUAGAAAAAGACAGAAAAUGUGAGUUGAUCUUGUCUGAUAGCGACGAAGGUGUUAAAUUUUUUUAAUUUUGAUUAUAUUUUGUUAAACUAAAUCAGAUUAAAACAAAUAGUUCUAUAUAUACAAUAAAUUUAUUGUUUGGUAUA